AUGCCCUCUGACGGUUCCUCCAACAAGCGCGUCAUGCGCUGGGGCAUCCUCGCGCCCGGCGGCAUCGCAGAGACCUUUGUCGGCGACCUCCAGCUCGACCCCGCCACCCGCGGCGUCACCGACGUCGCUCACCGCGUCGUCGCCGUCGGCUCGGCCUCGGGUCAGAAAAAGGCCGACGACUUUGUCAAGCGCAUGUACACGACAAAGGAGCAGGUCGAGGAGGCCAAGGCCAUCAGGACCUACGGCUCCUACGACGAGCUGGUCCGCGACGCCGACGUCGAGAUCAUGUACAUUGCCUCGCCCCAGUCGCACCACUACCAGCAGAUCAAGCUCUGCCUCAACGCUGGCAAGCACGUCCUCUGCGAGAAGCCCAUCACCAUCAACGCCGAGCAGAUCCGCAAGCUCUCGGCCCUCUCAAAGGCCAAGAACCUCUUCUUCAUGGAGGCGCGCUGGACCAAGUUCAUGGACAUCUUCCGCGAGAUUGUCAAGCUCGUCCACGAGGACAAGAUCCUCGGCCACGUCUACCGCGUCCACUCCGACUUUGGCCAGGAGCUGCCCGAGGACCACCGCCUCUACUUCCCCGAGCUCGGCGGCGGCGGUCUGCUCGACUGCGGCAUCUACCCGCUCACCUACCUCACCGCCCUCCUCUGGGACCACCCGGACAACCAGCGCGCCCGCCCGCGCGUCACCGGCUCGAUGCGCAUCAGCCCCAAGUUCAAGGUCGACGAGGACUCGACCGGCGUGCUCCAGUUUGACAAGAUCAACGCCACCGGCAUCCUCACCGUCAACAUGCGCGUCGACCUCCACCGCCCCGCCUUCCACACCAUCAUCCAGGGCGACAAGGGCGACAUCCUCGUCCACGGCACCCACACCUCGCGCCCGACGGCGUACAGCAUCGUGCUCAAGGGCCAGAAGCCCGUCACAAAGGAGCCCCACAUCCCCGGCCACGGCUUCUUCUGGGAGGCCGACGAGUGCGCCCGCUGCAUCGUCGCCGGCAAGCUCGAGAGCCCCGUCGUCAGCCACGAGGAGAGCAUCUUUGCCAUGGAGAUCAUGGACGAGAUCCGCAAGCAGGGCGGCCUCCAGUUCCCCGAGCAGAUCGAGAGGGCCGACUGA